GCGUGUGACCACUAUAACUGACAUGAGUGUAUGAACCGUAUAAAUUGCCAUAGGCAGUAAACUGCCGUAACCAGUAUGAAAUACCGUUAACAUAUGAGCAGAAUGACACUUUGAGCGUAUGAACCAGUGAUAAGUACGAGGUGUGUGACUGCCAUGAACGUAACAUGGAUAGAAAGAACGUAAGACCAUGAACAUGCCAAGAAUAUAUGAACAGCAGAAAUGCCAAGUUUGUGGACAGUGUAAAACACCAGCGAGUGAGAGAAUAACCAUGAGCUUCCAGUCCAGCGAUCCCUGGUCCCCUCAACCUGCCCACUCAGUGUUUGUCUCAGCCAAUAAUUUGUUGAGCGGCCAGCUCCUGCUCUUAUGCCUUUUGUCAGAAGCAUCUGAGAAGCUCUGAGAAACCGGCAGUCAGUGGACCAGAAUCUGUGGGGCAACAGGGGUAGCUGUACUGGAUUUGGCGGAAAAUGUCAGGGUGAAGAACUAUUGGAACCGGGAGCCUGGGUAGCCGAAGAUGGAGCCAUUGAUGUGCUACUUGUACCUCCCACACUUGCAGUCCUGGUGACAUUUCCUUUGCUGAUUCCAGAUGUUGAGAAAUUCUUGAAUCACCAUCAAAGAAUCACAGACUUAUGAGAAAAACAUAACUGCACGUUCUAAUGGGGAAAACCCCACAAAAACUGAAUAGAUAUCAAGAUUUCUGUGGAGUGACAGAUCUGGGCAAAAUGAACCCAAAAAGUUACGACAGCACCACUAGUGAGAUGGACUCCUCCUCCAGGAACAGGAAACCCAGAGUACAAAAAGGAUGCACAUACCUCUCUUCCUCAGUGGAUUACCGAGACUUAAGAAGCAUCCUAUAUAAGACUCCAAGUGCAGACUUUAUUCCAGAUAGCCCGCCAGUGUCUACCCUGGUCCAGAAACACUGGAGGUCGGUCAGAGAUAGCUACUUUAAAUACAACAGUCCGAAAAUAGAAACAGUGGAGCAGCACAACCAAAUUAUGCAAAGCAGUGGGUGCCAGCAGGAAAAACAUCCCAGAACAACUUCUAAUGCUGCAUACCCUACUAUGUUUGAGGAGCCAAUAGUGAUAGAAGGCACCGAACCCCCUACCGAUAUAGAAGCAGAAACAUAUGCUCCAGCGACAAUUUCCAAAAAAUGUCCCAAAGACAUUCCUCAUGCAAAAAUAAAGAUGAUCAAGGGGGACAAUAUUUCCUUGAUACGUUUCAGAAAUUGGAGGAGUCAGUUUCCUCAAAAUUUUUACAUGUGGAUGUCCGACUACUUAGGGUAGAGGGUUUGGUGUCUGGGCCACAACCAAGUGCUCAUGGGGACGUUUUAAAUACAUUUAUCCCAUCAAUGGAGUGGAUGACGGAGGAGCAGGCGGCGAACUUUAAAGCUCGCAUGGUACGCGUGGCCCAUGAUUGUCUGAAUCCAGCUCCUUAUCCUGUAGCUCAACAUCCCCCUCAACCUACCUAUCCUGUUGCUCAACCUCCACCUCCCCUUUCCCAUCUAUCCCAUUAUCCUACUGCCAGAUAUGAUGACACAUUUGAGACAGAAGAUGGACGUUUAGACGUGUCUAGUAUUUUGUAUAUUUAAAGCUUGUUUCUAUACCAGUUUUUUUUUUAACUUUUACAUAUUUUUUAUAAAAAAAACAAACAAACAAACA